AUGGCAUUUAAGGUUAUCCAACUGAACGUAAAUCGGAGUUGGCCUGCCUUCGAUCUUAUGGUCCAGCAUAUGGAUGAGGGCGCCUCUGUGAUCGGGAUUGUGUCGGAACCUCCUAGACGACGCCAGGAUGUGUGCGAUUGGUUCGCCAGCGGUAGCGGUCUGGCAGCCAUUAUUGUUCGGAACCCGGUUGUACCCCUGAGUUGCACUUUGAUUAGGCGAGGACGUGACAUCGUCGCGGUCAGAUUCGGUGAUCUUGUGGUCUCAUGUUACGUCUCACCUAACUCCACUAGAAAUCGAUACCUUGAGUUCUUAGAUGAACUCGGGGAUGUGGUGGGCGAAGUUGGUGGCAGGAGCACCUUAAUCGGUGGUGAUUUUAAUGCACGUUCAGCAUCUUGGGACCCGGUAGCUACUAAUUGGAGGGGCACUCUUGUCGAGGAGUGGGCGGCCGAAAAAGACCUUCGCCUUAUUAACGUGGAUGUAACGCCUACCUGCAUUAACCCGCGUGUAUCGUCUGUUGUUGAUCUUACGUGGACGACCGCCGAUCUCUUGAAGCGUUUGGUGGACUGGUCGAUCAACGCUGAUAUGAAGUCACUAUCCGAUCAUUCCAUAAUUACAUAUGACGUGGUUGGUCUAUGUUCUGGACCCUUCGAAACAUGCUCCGUUGAUCCGCAUCCGCGUUGGAAUUACCACCGCAUGGAUGUGAGGGCGCUUUCCAACGUCUUGGAGUGGGACGAUGUUGCGGGUCCUGCCGAAGACGAUUCUAUGUCUGCGGAGUCUUUCGCUUGCUGCGAGGGAAAGAGAAGACUGUACGCGACAGUGGUUUUGUCGGUCAUGCUCUACGGGGCGCCGGUAUGGUAUGAUGCCAUGAGAUCGACCACCUCGUUGGCUCGUAGAGGUCAGGCGCCUAUUUUUAGGGUACAGCGGUUCGUGGCCAUUAGAGUUAUAGCCGCGUACAGAUCGGUGUCUCUUGAGGCCGCAACCUUAUUGGCACGAAUGCCCCCGUUCUACCUGCUUGCGGCCUAUUAUAAUAGGACAUACGCGAGAGUUAGGGAGCUUAAAUCGCUCGCGGUUCUCGGGAUGUCCCUGGGUUACGGCUUAGGUAGGACACUCGAGGAGGUUUUAGCCGGUGUGAGUCCGGCAUAA